AUGAAGUUCGCUACUGCUAUCGCUUUCGCUGCCGGCGUUGCUGCCCACGCCAAGAACGUUACCUACACCACUGAGGUCGUUACUGCUUACACCACCUACUGCCCCGGUCCCACUGAGAUCGUCCACGGCGACAAGACCUACACCAUCACUGAGGCCACCACCCUGACCAUCACUGACUGCCCUUGCACCGUCACCAAGCCCGUCAUCAUGACCUCCUCUGUUGUCUGCCACGACUGCCCCACUGGUGAGAAGCCUACUGGCAAGCCCAGCAACCCUGGCCACCCCGGCCAGGGCCACAACUCUACCAUGGUCCCCGUCUACCCUACUGGCAAGCCCAGCCACGGUGGUGACCACCCCGCCGGCCCCGGUGCUACUCCUACCGCCGGUGUCCCUGAGGAGGUCCCCACUGCCGGUGCCGGCAAGGUCGCCGCUCUCUCCGGUGCCGGUCUCGCCGCCGUCGUCGGUCUCGCUGCUUUCCUGUAA